AUGUCUGCGUCACCGUCUUCAGGCGGCGGAACAUUCGGCGCAGCUACCUCUGCUCAUCGGCUGAGCACCAGAGUGAUCUCGGUCAGCCGUCAUGCACCCGUUGUCUCGAGCGCGGCAAGACAUGUAGCUACUCAACAACACGUCGCCGGCCCGGGCCAGCGCCGGGCUCCGGGCGCCAGCCACGGGGAAUCCGUAAUCGAAGGCAUUCUGGACGCUACCAUACAGGGCAAUUCUAUCUCUGAAGACACUAUCUCUUUAGCUGCAGCCGUUUCAGAUCUGCCCUCUGAAAGUCCUGUGAGCCUUGUUACUUCACAUGCACCUACUCAAGUUAGCAAUCAAUCGUCACAAGGUCCAAACAUCUUACCCGAAGAGGAAGCAUAUCUUGAACUCGUUGAAGCAUUGCUUCUCAUCACAGCCAAACUCCUCGGCUCCAAAUUUGCAUCGACUCAUUUUGACCUCGACGGUCGCAUAGACCAAAUCCUAAGCAACACGACUCUUCAAGAAGAUACAGCCGGUGACUUUCCAAGUCUCGACCUCUUUCGGAAGUUCUGCUUACUCGUCUUCUAUGAAUUCCACCAAUUCCCUGGCCAACAAGCCUGGAUGCGGAUAGGAAAGAUCGUCCGGCUGGCGUAUUGGAUGGGCCUUGAUCGUCUGGACAUAAUCCAAUCUGUUUCCCCAGAGUGGUCCAAUGUGAGCGAUGCGGACCUUCAAAACUGGAAACUUGUCUGGUGGUGUGUAUAUCGUCUUGACUCGUACGCCAACCUCUCAUCCGGCACACCGUACCAAGUUGAUGAACGACUUGUCAAUACGUCUUUAAAUCACCAGUGUCAGCUUUCUCAAGGUUUUACUGCCCCGUGCAGGUUACCUCACGAUCCGCGUGGUCUUCCCGACCUUCUCUUGCUUGUCAAGGCUGGUAGCGAAAACAGCUUACUUUUCAACAUCCAUCUCAUCACCAUCACUGUCUUGCGUCAAUUUGGCAGAGCAAUGAGUAUGCGCUAUUUGGUUCCUCACGAGAACCUCAUGGCGAUCUUACUCGACGCAGAACGUACGCUAUCUGCAAUACGUCUAGCCUUACCACGGAACUUCUUGAACCCUGGAAGAAACGCGUUCAUGAAUGAGUCAAAUACAAAUCACCACGCGAGAUUAGCCUCGGUGCUUCAUCUACAUAUGGCUCAACUGCUAGCUGCCCUCGCGAGCUGCUACUAUCUUCCAGAAGGGGACGAUUGGACGCUUAGCUGGCAACGUGUUCUGGAAACCUGCCAGAACAUAGCGGGGAUAGCAGAAAAAUGGGACAGCAAUUACACUCUCACCGUGGACCCAGCACUUUCGCUCAUCAGCUUGACGGCGCUUGUUUUCUUGGAUAUUCACAAGAAGUAUACUGAAAGUACUAACACAUAUCUCAUAUCCGAGAUUGAGAAUUGCGAACUUCUUCUUUUGCUCCAACUUGAGCAAUUCUCAGCUCAUUGGAAGCUUCCAAGUUUAUUGAUUUUGUCAUUCAAGAGCUUCAAGGAGUCGGUGACAGGUCCUCUCUCUUAUCCACACAUCCAACUUAUCCUGUCCCGGUUUGAGAGUCCUUUACACCCAAGAUGGUUACAGUUCCUGUCAUCUGCUCAAACGCAUCUCGAGAACGUGAUAUGGUGA